AUGUUGUUGAGGCUGCUGAUUUCUCCCACAUGGAAACCCACCUUUUCACACUCAGCAGCAAUUAUUCGUUCCAGAACUCCUACACUGCAAGCAAUCCAAAACAUAAAUCCUCAACCCCGAAGCGACCUCAUCUGCUCCCGCUUCAAGCGCCUAACCACAAGCCACCCCUAUUAUGAGAUCCAGAAUCCCUCUCGGGGCCGGCGCUCCCUCAGCACGGGAGUUGUUCCGGCGGUGCUUGUGCCCCCAUUGGUCUUUGUGGGAUUGGCUUUGACGCUGUGGUUCUACAAAUGCUUGAUGAUGGUGGUUUUUCAGAAUAAAAUCAUAUAUAUGCCUUCGAUCCCGCCAUUUUCUCGGAGUGAGAAGAUUGAAGAUUAUGAGAUGGGGUGUCGACCUGUGCAUUGGGAGGAAAAACAUAUUUGCUCGUUAGAUGGGACGAAGAUUGCCCUUUGCAUUGGGAGCUUGUCAAGGCGAAAAGAACCCGGGUUCUUGUUAAAUGGACAGAGCAGAAAUGGCAGAGGGAGGAAACAUGUAGUUGUGAUAAAUGCUUCCUCUCUCCCACCACGACUCCCGUUCCUAUCCGAGCCACUUAAAUCCCUCUAUAAUAAAACUGGAAGUCAGACCCAGUUCACCAUCGUUGCCCUGUCUUAUCGAGGAUAUUGGACAUCACGCGGUCGAGCAUCGCAGAGGGGAAUAGAGCAGGACGCUCUGGCUGCGUUGCGGUGGGUUCAGAACACAUAUGUUCUGGACGGUGAACACACCCGUCUGGUAAUUUGGGGCCAGAGCAUAGGUGCCGGUGUUGCCACCGGCCUAUUAAUGCAAAAUCUAUCAAGCAGGGCCACCAAUCCCGUGAGGGUAAAUGGCGUCAUUCUUGAGACGCCCUUUGUGAACACUCGACGCAUGUUGGAAGCCCUCUACCCGCAGAAAUGGCUCCCGUAUCGCUAUUUGUGGCCGUUUCUACGUAGUUGGUGGGAUUCGGAAGUGGCAUUGAAGGCUGUUGCUAAAACUAAGCCUGGGAGGGAUCUUCCGUUUCUUAUCAUCUCUGCAGCUAAAGAUGAGAUUGUUCCCUCUGAGCAGGCGGAUAUGUUGGAACAAUUGGCAUUAGAGCUUGGCCUUGAUGUAAGCCGUCAGAUAGUUUCUGGGGCCUUGCAUACGGAGGCAACAAUUAAGUCUGAGGGCCAAGAAGCUAUUGUUCGCUUUCUACUGAAAGUUGGAAAUUCUAUCUGA